AUGAGUUUUGUCCACCGCCUCCACUGCUCCACUGUCCACAUAGCUACAUCAGAGACGGUUGUUUCAGAUUUCUCGGUUCACAGUGCAGUAAGACUCACCAAAGACUCUACAACGAUACUUAACAUUGUGUAUUCUGACACCUUUGCUCUUCAGGAACGAUUAUUUCUGAAGGCGCCAACGAGAUCUAGCCGAAUUUUCAAGGUGGCGUAUACAGGUAACUCAUCAACACAGGUAUUCAUAGGCAACGUGACUGACAGCAUCACGCCAGUCUCUUCACAUACACAGCAGAAUCACGUCAAUCUCUUCACAUACACAGCAGCAUCACGUCAGUCUCUUCACAUACACAGCAGAAUCACGUCAAUCUCUUCACAUACACAGCAGAAUCACGUCAGUCUCUUCACAUACACAGCAGAAUCACGUCAGUCUCUUCACAUACACAACAGCAUCACGUCAAUCUCUUCACAUACACAGCAGAAUCACGUCAAUCUCUUCACAUACACAGCAGCAUCACGUCAGCAUCUCUUCAUUAACACAGCACAAUCACCAGCAUCACGUCAAUCUCUUCACAUACACAACAGCAUCACGUCAGUCUCUUCACAUACACAGCAGCAUCACGUCAAUCUCUUCACAUACACAGCAGAAUCACGUCAGUCUCUUCACAUACACAGCAGCAUCACAUCAGUCUCUUCACAUACACAACAGCAUCACGUCAAUCUCUUCACAUACACAGCAACAUCACGUCAAUCUCUUCACAUACACAGCAGCAUCACGUCAAUCUCUUCACAUACACAGCAGCAUCACGUCAAUCUCUUCACAUACACACAGCAUCACGUCAAUCUCUUCACACAGCAUCACGUCAAUCUCUUCACAUACACAACAGCAUCACACAGCAUCACGUCAGUCUCUUCAUUAACACAGCAUAAUCACGUAAUUCUCUUCAUAGACACAGCAUCACGUCAGUCUCUUCAUAGACACAGCAUCACGUCAGUCUCUUCAUUAACACAGCACAAUCACGACACAGACACACUCCCCACCACCUCCACCACCUCCACCACCUCCACCACCUCCCCGCCCUUAACCAUGUCAUACUGCCUCUAA